GCUGGGGGCAUCCCCGAGGAGUGCCUCUCCGGGCAACGCGGGGCCGGGACUCCUCGCGGCCCCGAGAUGAAGCUCCGGGUCAUGGACGCCGGGGCGAGACAGCGUCCGCGUGGACAGCGGAAGCCCGGGCGGCCCCUGAGGAUUGAGGCCAGAGCGCAGGCGCGCCCCGAGCCGGAAGCGGAAGCGGCCGGGCGGAAGCUGUCGAGCGGAAGUUUCCUUAGGCUCGGCUCCGCCUUCUCGGGCCUUCUGGAACCGCUGUGGGCCCCACCCUCUGACCCGCCCGCCACAAUGGGCCCGCCCCGCCCCGCCCCCAGUGUGCCCGCCCCCUCCUCUCAUCCCCUCCCGCGGGCACCCCAACAGUACCCAGCGGACCCGCCCAUCCCCCGCCCCUCCCUGCAGCGUGUGUACUCCGCCAUGUGUGUACCCCACUUCUCCCCGUCUUCGUGCCCCCGAUGUGUCCCGCGCCUCCCCGACGGUCGCUGCACCCCAUGACUUCCUCUCCUUGACCCUCUCUCCUGUUCCCUGACCCCUGCCCUGCCAUCCCUCCGCGGAGUGGAGACGGGCGGGCUGCCGUCCGCUGCGGCCCCUUCACACGUAGUCGUGCAGGUGAAGGGCACGGAUCCUGGGCCCUGGGGUGUGGCCUGGCGUCGAGGUGAGGUCACAGGGGUCCGGAAGAACCAGGCGGGGAGAGCUGCGGGGGGGCCCCUCCUUUCUCCCCUGGUCGUUCUGCCCGCAGGCAGAGUCCCCAGAAGCUGCCCAUCCGAGGAGCUGGAGCCACGGUAUCUGUGGGGACUUUGCCCCAGAGGUGCAGGCCAGCCACCCAGGGGGCUGCAGAUGGACAGCAGGGAGUGUUCGCUUAAGGUUCUCUUGAGGAAGAAGGCAGAGUUGCAGCCUUCCCAGGAGAAGGAGCAGCCUUCCCAGGAGAAGGGGCAGCCCUUGGGGCCACCAAGCCCAGCGAUGGCCUGGGGCCCAAGUGCCCAGAGCAGCAGUCAGCCGGAGCCGCAGACUGAGGACUGGGUGUGCGAGCCGCAGGACAGCCGGCGCCGGAGCCGGCGCCGCUGGAGCGUCAGCAUAGAUGAGCGCCGGAGGCUGGCCGUGCUGGGCCGCGGCGAGAAGCUGGACCUCGCGGGGGCGCCCCCCUCCUGCAGGGACCUCGCGCGGAUCAUGGCCCAGCUGGUGUCCGAGGACGUGGACAAGGACGUGCUCUUCCCCCACCCGCCGAGGUCCUCCGAGUCCACCAACGCCUUCCAAGCCUUCCUGGUCCGGAGCAAGCCUUUCUGGCACAACGUGGCUCUGGAGGCCCCGGCCUCGAGGUCGCCGCCCUUCUAAGAGCCGACUCAGCCCA